AUGAUGCAUGAGACGGCUGUGGUGGCGAUUGCUUUUAGUAGAGACAGCGAAGCUCUUGCAACAGGGAGCCAAACAGGACAGCUGAAAGUUUGGUUGGUGGCGACGGGGCAGUGUAUAAAGAAGAUAGACAAAGCUCACGAUGCAGCAAUAGCUUCUAUCACCUUCAGUAAAGAUAACACCCACAUCCUCACGGGCUCCUUCGAUACCACUGCAAGGAUUCAUGGCCUGAAGGCAGGCAAAACCCUCAAAGAGUUUAGGGGUCAUCUUACGUUUGGAGCGCCGACGGAAAGAUAA